CUAAGAUGGUGUUGGCUCUGGUGGUCGGACUCCUGUGCGUGUGGGGCCGCCUGACCGUCGCUAACCCUGAAGCGAAGCGGCUGUACGACGACCUGCUGUCCAACUACAACCGGCUGAUCCGGCCCGUCGGGAACAACUCAGACCGGCUCACCGUCAAGAUGGGGCUAAGGCUCAGUCAGCUCAUCGACGUUAAUCUUAAGAAUCAAAUCAUGACAACGAACGUGUGGGUAGAACAGGAAUGGAAUGACUACAAGCUGAAGUGGAACCCAGACGACUACGGUGGUGUGGAGACGCUGCACGUACCCUCAGAACACAUUUGGCUGCCAGACAUCGUGCUUUACAAUAACGCGGAUGGUAACUACGAAGUGACAAUAAUGACGAAGGCCAUCCUCCACCACGACGGCAAAGUGGUGUGGAAGCCGCCGGCCAUCUACAAGUCUUUCUGCGAGAUCGACGUCGAGUACUUCCCUUUUGAUGAGCAGACCUGCUUCAUGAAGUUCGGGUCCUGGAGCUAUGAUGGUUACACGGUGGACUUGAGGCAUCUGAAACAAACGCCAGACUCGGAUCACAUUGGCAUGGGCAUCGAUCUCUCUGAGUACUACAUCUCCGUCGAAUGGGACAUCAUGCGAGUACCCGCCACGCGAAACGAGAAAUUCUACUCGUGCUGCGAAGAACCAUACCCCGAUAUCAUUUUCAACCUAACCCUUAGGAGAAAGACCCUCUUCUACACGGUCAACCUCAUCAUCCCCUGCGUCGGAAUUUCGUUCCUUUCGGUUCUCGUCUUCUACCUACCCUCGGACUCGGGUGAAAAGAUCUCACUCUGCAUUUCAAUCCUGCUCUCUCUUACCGUGUUCUUCUUGCUAUUAGCAGAAAUUAUCCCACCGACGUCCUUAACAGUCCCACUGCUGGGAAAGUAUUUGUUGUUCACUAUGAUGCUAGUCACAUUAUCAGUAGUUGUCACUAUCGUGGUGCUAAACGUAAAUUUUAGGUCGCCAGUCACCCACCACAUGGCUCCGUGGGUGCGGAAGGUCUUUAUAGAUUUUUUACCCAGAAUAUUGUGUAUACAAAGGCCAGAGAAGCCGCCGGAUGAUGAUGACGAUAACGAUAAGCCGACCGAGGUGAUCACCGAUGUCUUUGGAGGUGACGACAUGGAUGGAAAAUUCAAAGAGUGGGGGUGCGAGGAGUACGAAUUACCAGGGAUGCCCCCAUCGCCCCCUCCGCCCCCGGGGGGUGACGAUGAGCUCUUCUCGCCACCCCCCGGAUCCCCCUGCCGUCUGGACCUGGAUGAUGGCAGCCCAUCUCUAGAGAAACCCUACGUGAGAGAGAUGGAGAAAACUAUAGAAGGGUCGAGGUUCAUUGCGCAGCACGUUAAGAAUAAGGAUAAGUUUGAGAGCGUGGAGGACGACUGGAAGUACGUGGCCAUGGUUCUGGACAGAAUCUUCCUGUUCGCGUUCACGAUAGCCUGCGUGUUGGGGACGGCCCUGAUCAUAUUCAGGGCGCCGACCUUCUACGACAACACCAAGCCCAUUGACAUCCUCUACUCGAAGAUCGCCAAGAAGAAGCUCGAGCUGCUAAAAAUGGGCUCAGAAGGCGACCCGGGUCUCUGAAAUUCGUCUUACGUCUUCGGCCACUCGCCGCCGAAGACGUUCUGGGAGCUCAUCGUCAUGUGGUGGCAUGGAUGAUCCAUGUAAGGCCCCAGAGAGGAACUGACAGGCGAGGACUUUAGUGCUUACGUGGUGCAAUGCACGGUGCGCCGGACGAUACCGCGAACGCGCAUCAUAAGCCGUCUUUUGUAACUGAAACUUUAGUAUGUGUCCGUCGAUAGUGAACCGCCGGUUACAACCGAGACCGCCGCAACUAUUUUUUAUAAUUAGAACGCUGUAUUGAACGUUUAUACUUUAAGCGAACGCAUCUUUUGUAUGUUCCCAUCGGACUUUACUUUCCCAUAACUUAUUUGAUACGAGCGCACAAACAUUGUACAGAUUAUCUUUAGGAGGUUUAUUGUUUUUUGCGAUAGGAAGAUUAAGUUUCGAGUAACAUGCGUAUGAUACCGUUAAUACUACUCUAAGGUUUACUUCAAAUAAAAUCGAGCUCAAUUUCGUAAUGUUUAAGUAUUGUAAAGUGGUACUAUUCAAUCAAACGUCGAUUAGCAUCAACAUUAUUAUGAUAGUUUUUUGCAAACGUCCUCUAUGAGAGCCGGACAUUCUAGAUGAUUAAAGAUGGUGAUGUAAAAAUUUGAAUUAUAAUUUAGUAUUUGAUAACUACGUACUCGCGUAAAAAUCAUAAGGACAAUAUCGAUAUUUGACGAAUGGUAAUAAUUUCCCAGUAGUAAUAGUUAUGUAAGGGAUUGUAGAUAUAUUAGGAUAAAGUCUAGUCAUCAAGGUGGAGUGAACACUUAUCAUAUGCCAAAUAGAUAUAUAGUCACGUCGCGAUGGUGAUAUUAUUUGACUAGAAUAUAUUUGUGACACACAAUUGACUGCCAAUUGUAAAAUUAAAAACAUUUUUAUAAAAGUCGAUAUUCUUAGAUAGUUCGAUAACUUGUUUUAUUAGAUUUUUUAAACGGUGUGCCAAAUCUGCCAGCAAAGUUUAUAGUUCCGGACAAUGCCAAUGAAACUCGUAACUGUCAUUUAAUACUAUUUAUGUAUGUACUGUACGAUGUCUUGUUUCGGGUUUUGCUUGACCUUCAUCAAGAUUCAGUGAUAAUUAUAAGAAAUAAAACGAAUGCUUGCCCAAAAAAUAAUGACUGAAUGAUCUGAUUCAAUUUAUGCUUAAGUUGAGGCGCCUGCAGACGUCACCUCUGUAAUUUAAUGUUAACAGUAAUUUCACUAAUAAAUCCUAGAGUACAGGGUAAUCUAGUACACAAGUUUCUUCUAUUGAUUUGUAUUCUCACAAAUUUUCACAGAUUGUAAUGUCUUUUACUCACUUAUCGGCACUUUACCACUUUUAGAUAAGACACUAUUGUUGACGUUAGUCUUAAAAAUUUAGGUAACCUAUUAAUUUGUACCUAGAUUAGAUUCAAAAUUAGGUGUUUCAUUUCUACCACACUUAAGUAUUCCUUCUUCAUCCUUACUAAUUAAUUUGUAGUUAGUGUGUUCGAAGGUUUUUCAAACCUCGCUCAUAGAGGGUUUUCCUCACUUCGACCCAUUUUGUAGGGUAUUGUAGCAGUCUAAAGUAAUUUAAAAAAAAAUUUCGAGCCGCGUAUUCGAUAUGUCAACGUAACUCAUAAUAAUAUUUAGAUUACUUAGAUAAUUCUGAAUUAUUGAUAAUGAAUCCACAGCGAGCAGUUUAGGGAAACAGGGAUGGUUAAAUAAUAUAUUUUCAGUUGUUUUGUUCGUCUUCAUAAUGUAAGUGUUACUGGAUGUGUAGAGCUGUUCGUGUGAGGCUACACUGGGCUAGUUUAGAAUAGUUGAACGUAGUAGUAAUUUACGUGGAACGGUCUAAGGGGUGUGCUUUAUUUGUUGGUAUAUUUCGUAAUUUCUAUAGAACAAAACUCUACCUUUCAAUGGUCUAUUUAGAUGAUCGGGGUUGAAGUAUCUGCAUUUUCAUUCCUAUUUUGGUCUCACUUUGAAGGUUGUCUGUUAGUUACCUACUGAUGGAAAGACGGAUUACGGU